ACUGCGGCAAUACAAACUUUUUAGAUUGAUUGUGAAGACUGCGUUGACGAAGAAGAAGAAGACGACGUCGUCGAAAUCGAAGAAGAAGCCGAAGACGGCGACGACGAAGACGAAAUUGAUAGUCCUAAUCAUAAAAAUCAAUUAGGUUAUACCAAACUCCUAGUCACAUUUGAUCGUUCUAGUGGACGAUCAUCGGCGGCUGCUCAACACAAAGCCAACGCUACCUUAACGGAUUUUGAGGCUGAUUCAGAAAGUUCCGAUCUAGAAACCAUACAACGUAGUAUGCGUUCCAGCAAUCAAAGAAAUACAACUAAAACCCACCAUUACACACCCAUGUCAUAUAAGUUUUUAGGAAAUAACGCUGGAAGUUUGAUAACUGGUCAUAAUAAUAAACGUUCAACAAUUUGUGGCAGUGUAACAAAUGUAAAUUUAGCUGCUGCUGUCAUUAAUAAUGCUAGUGAACUAGAAAGUUGUGAAAUAGAUGAUGACAUGCAAACUACAGCAGCAUCAACAAUAACUGCUACACUAUUAAAUGAACACUUGCAGCAAAAACAUCUACAGCAACAUUUAAAACAUCAACAACAACAACAAAGAGUAACCCUUAUGGCAAUUACACAAAACGCCAUGACAACAGGUUCAACAACAAGUACAGCAACACAAUCUUUAGGCUCAACUGUUGCCACUUCCACGACAAGCAGCAACAGUAACAUUAGUAAUAGCAAUAGUAGUGUUAGUCACAGCAAUAGUAACAGUGGAAGUGGUAAUAAUAGUGACAGCAUGAGUAAUACAAGCUCAAUUGGUGUUGCCACAAAUGCUAUUGUCGUUUUGGCAAACAAUCACAACAAUAAUAAUAAUAACAAUAUAACAACAAAAUUAUUAGCAGACAAUGAAAGUAAUCAACAACAUCAUCUACAGCACCAUCACCAACAGCAACAUAAAAUUAACGGUGGUCUUACAAUGAAACAAAAAAAUAUUGCCAUCAUUUCACCCAACAGUCACAAAAACUACCACAAUAAACAUUCACACCAUCAUCAUGGUGUUGGUGGUGGCAACAACAAUAAAUCGCCUACAGUAUUGCGCAAACAUCAUGAACACCAUCAUUCCUCAGAUAUUUCAAAAUUCAAUCGUUCAAAUCGCAAAUCGAAAAAUUGUGCCAUUUUCUAUUUUAAGCACUUGGACACAGACAACGAAACCAACUAUAGCAAUAGUAAUUGCGGCGAUGAUGGUCAUGAUGAUGUUCAUGGUGGUGUUGGUGGUGGCGGCCUCAUCGCCAAUGGAGAUGUUGUUGGUAGUGUUGUCGAUGUUGAUGAUGAUGACGAUUGUAUGGUUAAUGAUAACAUUGUUGGUGGCCUACUCUUCUCAUCGGCAGCCUCUUCUUCACACACCAGUGAUCUACUUAAAUCUGCUGAUGUUUCAUCGGAUGAUGAAGGUUGGCUGUAUACAUCGGCUCCAGUAGCUACAAAUCAACAGCAGCAACAUACGUUUGGCGGCGGUAUUGAAAGUUUAAAUUCUCCACAUAUUUCAAGAGGCAUUGCAGCAGGAACUUCCAAUGAAAUUCAUGUUAUAGAUGGUGGCAUACAAUCAUCUGCGGUCUCAUCGUCAACAGCUGGAGGAACAUCUGUUGCAGCAGCAGUAGCUUUGGCAUCGGCUAUAUUGGCCGACGAUUCUGAUAAGGAAAAUAAAGAGGCCGCCUGUACUACUUCUCUAACGCAAAUACUUUUAAACACAAAUCAAACCUUUGUCGCCAGUACCACAGUUGUGGAUAGCAACAGUAGCAGCAGCAACAGUGGCAGUGAUACUAACACAAGCAAUACACAACAACAAACUGCAACUUGUAGGUCCAACCCUACUGGUAGCAGUUCUAGCAGUAGCAUAACUAGUAGUUCUUAUUCAUCUAAUGAUCGUCUAACCGAGGCCACAACUACCACCUCUACAAAAACAAUUACAACACAAAUUUUAAAAUAUCCAACAACACAACAUCCUCCUCAAUAUCGCAGCGAAAUGGAAUUACAAAUCAAUAACAACAACAAUAAUAAUAAUAAUCAUCAUCAUCAACAAGUAAUGAUGAAAGAAAAUACUUUAUUUGCUGCCACAGCCAACAAAAACAACAAUAAAUCAACACCAGCCACAAAUAUGCCUCAUCUUGUCAUUAACCACAGCAACAGCAGCAGCAACAACAAUAAUAAUAAUUAUGCCAAUUCACCUCCAUCUUCAACCACAAAUUCUCCUCUGAAUAAGUAUAUUGCUACUGGUAUUGCUACAGUAUCAUCUCUCCAGAAUUCUUCAAGUCCAUCCGCCAUUACGACUGCAGUUAAUGAUUCGAAUGGCAAUUUUGAAAAGGAAAAUAUACGCUUUUAUACACGUGCAGAUAUUUGUAAUAUCAGUGUCAGGACUCCAAACCAAUGCAGUGACAAUCACUACCACCAACAACAGCAGCAGCAACAGCAUCAACAACAUUUGGCAAAAAUUCAUAAUGCAUCACCACCAUCAUCAUCAUCAGUAUCGUCUACUUUGUAUGGUGGUCAACAUUUGUUGCAUGUAAAUGUUGGCAAACGUUUGCCACCACGUUCACCAGCCAAAUCAAGUAUUUCUCAUACUUCAACAAAUACCAGCACAUCUACCAUUUCACCCACUAAGGGUAAAGUAUCGCAUGAAUCCAUCAAACAGUUGGUACUUGAAGCAGAGCAUUUAGUACGUGACGAAGCUUUGAAAACACCAACCAAACAAAAGCAUUCCAGUAGUAACAACAAUAAUAAUAAUAACAGCGCCGGCGGCGGUAAUAUAGUGCAAAUUUCCACAACAGUAAAAAAACGUGAAGUUUUAAUGCCGGGACCCAUAAAACGAGUACAAGAGUGGCUGGAACAUCAACCCUCUACACCCGUACAAAUGUCUAAAACUACAACAUCUUCCAAUCAUCAUCAUCAUCACACCAGUGAUGAUCAUCGUCAAUUAUUAACACCAGCCUGUGCUGCUGUCAGUCCCUCACGCGCCGAUGAUUGUGAGGCCUCGGGUGAAGCCUCUGAAACGGAUUCUAUACCUCAGCAUUGUUCUGAUACCUCAGAGGUUUCCGAUUCCAUUGCGACUUGCAUGCAAACCAGUACAAAUUCUUAUGGUAAUUCCACAGAACGUAUUGGUGGUUCUGCCGAACCCAUUGUCAAUGCUGCUACCAGUAAUCAAAGUCUUAAUGUCAAGGUGGUGAAACGUCAACAGAAUCGCCGUAAAUCGGAGAGACCCUGGUCGGUGUCCUGUCUCUCGCAAUUGACCACCGAUGCCAAUCAAGUGGCUGCCAAAGUUAAUACCAUUAGUAAUGUACAAUCUGGUUUAGCUUCUCAUUCUAUAAGUGAAUCUGCCUUAGACUCACUAUCACCAGGCAGGCCUAGAGCCUCCUCUUCCUCAGCUGUUACCCAAGUUAAGAGUUAUGAUAGUAAGGGUUCUCUAAAGAGACGUAAGACUCGCAAGAAGAAACUUUCCUAUACGAAUGGCAAAAAGUCAGAUACAAAUUCUGAGGACAAUAAUAGUCCUCAUCAUCAUCAUAAUUUAUACAAUCAUCAUCAUACAACCCAUCAAGAGGAGGUGACCUUGACACCCAAACAUGCUCCUAAUUUAUUAAUGCAAACCUGUGAAAAUAUGACUCCUCAACAGAUACAGGAAAUAACCCAGGCCCUUAUGCAAUUACAAAAUACCGAGUCCACUGAACAAUUACAACAUCCUCAGUUAUCGAUUGUGGUUAAUGGUGGCUCUAAUGAAAGUGAGGAGGAAAAUCAUUUAAUGAAACCAAAUUUUCGUGUGGGUUCUUUCACCACUGCCUAUAUGACUAAUGAGGCCCGUUUGGGAUCUUUGGCAGCUUUGGCCACUUAUAUGAACGAUGAGGAACAGCAAGGUGCACUCACACCAGUACCACAAGAAACAAAAACAAAAGAAUACAACACUACUGGCACCGAAGAUCAUCAUAGUAGUUUCUCCGAAACAGCCUGGGAUAAUUAUCAAGAAAAAUAUAAUUCUGAAAAUUAUUCUGAAGGUUUUGAUUCAGAUGCUGCACGUAAAUUAUUAGAAUUUGGUGAUGAUUAUCGCAAUUUCAUUGACUCCCAGUCAGAUUGUUGCUCUUCAUUGUCGGCUGCUAAUAAUUUAGAUUCAUUCUCACCACCUCGCAUGGAUUCAUUGCAACAGAAUGAAUCGAAAAUCAUAACACAAGAUACAAUUGUCAGUAGUGUGGAUCAUGCCAGACGUCGCAGAGCUUUAGAAUUGGAAUACGAAAGACGUCGCAAAAAUUUAGAAAUCAGACGAAAGUCUUGUCAAGAAUCUUUAGAAUAUCACAAUCCUAAAUCACCAGCCGUCAUCACAACUCUAUCCUCCUCGACACAGGCUUUGACUCCGAAAAAUUCUGAUCGUUUCAAUUUCCAACAUAAAACAGAAACGGCAACACGAAAAUUAGAAUUUGGCAUGAGUCAUUCGGCCCAAUCGUUGCGUCGUACAUCGGAGAGUGAUACGUCACAGCGACGUCGUAAGGCCGAUGAACGUAGACGUUCAUCACGUAAUCUAGAGAAAUGUAUUAAAUUGAUACCAGCAACAUCAUCAUCAUCGGGCGAUGACACAGAUGAUGAAAAGGAAAUACGCAAUUUACUGCAACAAUCGCACAAUCGUUUAGAAGAUACAAAAGCAUUAAAGAUACGUUGUCAUCUUUUAAGACCAGAAGAUUAUACUGAAAUUAUAAACACUUGUCGUGAUAAUAUACGUUGCUUGGAAUCAGUUCUCAAAGGUCCUACUAGUUCGGUUUUAUCCUCACAAUGUGUUACACAAUCUAAAGAUUUAUUAGCUGCCUGGGAGGAUUUAUUAGGCUGGAGCGAAAAUGCUGCUGCCGCACGUAAAAUGCAAGAAGACAUGAUUGUCUUGAAACAUGCUCUAAAUCGUUUGGGCAAUAAAUCAUCAUUUGAAUUGUUAGAUACAGAACCGUCAAUACAAAUUGCUAUUGAAGCCCUAAAGAAUGAAAAAACACAAUUACAAACGUAUCGCACUAGUAUGCUAAAACUUAAUGCUUCCGUUCAUAGUUGGCUAACAAGACAAGAGAGACGUUUACAAAACGCACUAGUUGAACAGCAACUAACUGAGGCGGCUGCCAAAGUAAGCAAUGAGCUGUUAGAGGAAAAAGACGAAUUGGAGUCCGAACCAAGUAAUAACAAUAAACAGCUAACAACUGCCACCACAGUGCAAGAACAAAUCGUAGAUACAACAACAGCAACAGGAGCUGGUAAAAUAACAGAAACCACAACAACCAUGAUAACUGUCACUGAUAGUAAUGGCAAUCAAGUGGAAUCACAUACAACAUCAACAACAACCAAUACUGCCACAGCAACCGUAUCAACCUGUACAAAUACACUAGGAACAAGCACCAACACUCAAGCUCAACAUCAACAGCUGCAGCAGCAGCAACAACAACAAUUGAUGAUGAACUCUACUAGCAGUUGUAGUGGCUCUGAAAAGAAUUGGGAUUUACAAACGUUGAUAACAUCAGAAACUGAAUUCCAUAAACAUUUGAAAGAUGAAGUCAGUGAUAUGUAUACAGCCUGGGAUGAGGCUGAUGCCAGAAUCAAUACACAAUUGGAAGUUUUAACUUCCUCUUUGAUUGCCUGGCGUCAAUUGGAAUGUGGUUUGUCAGAAUUUCAAUUGGCUUUGGGUCAAGAUCGUGGCACUCUUAAAGGUUUAGAAGGUGCUUUAAAUACAGGUCAAGCUACUCCUGGAGAAUUGGCUCAAAAUGUUAAGCUAGUGGCAAAAUUGCUGUCCGAGAAGGUUAAUGUUAGUCAGGAACAGCUUACCGCCGUUCAAGACUAUUUGGAUCCCAAUCAUAUUUUACACAUUGCCAAAUUUACCGCUUCCAAUGGUUCCCUUUCUGAUUCUGGCAUUUCAGAUGGUGGUACUACCUCUGAUGGGGGAUUGUCGGAAAGAGAACGUAGACUAGGUGUCUUAAGACGUUUAGCCAAACAAUUAGAAUCUGCCUUGGCUCCUGGUAGUGAAGCUAUGAAAUCGAUAGCAGCACGUAUGGAAUCAGCAGAAAAUGAAUUGAAAAGUUUACAAAAUACUUGUCGUGAUUUAAUAGUGAGAACAGCAGCUUCUCAUCAAAAUAAGAAACAACAAAUGCAACAGGAGGCAUCUGAUAAACAGGAAGAACAAAAGGAGAUUAAGCCUGCUAAUGGUUGCCUAAAAAUGGCCCAAGAAACUAAUGGUAAAUUGAAACAGACGGCUCAAGCGGCAGAAACAACAGCAACAGUAAAUGGCCAAACAAAUAAUAAACGUAACAGACGUAAGAAUAGACGUAAUUCAGGUUCUAAUAGCAAUGCUGUAGUGGCUGCAGAUAUGUCACAAAGUAAUGCCUUACAAAUGUCAUCGGUCACUGCUGCGGGCGAUGGUGGUGAUGAUCCCUCUGAUGACCCCUCAUUGGCCUAUGAUUUAGAUACUUCCGAUGAUGAACUAACACCCAAAUCAAAACGUGGCUGGGGUUGGCGUAUAGCACGUGUAGCAGUACCCAUGCAAUUGGCUCUUUUCGCUGUCUAUUGUGCCGCCAAUCUUAUGCAACCCAAUUGUUGUGACAACAUUAACAAUUUCUCUAUGAGUUUUACGCCUCAACUACGUUAUAUAAGAGGUCCACCACCCAUCUGAAGGACAUUAUCAAGAGUCAUGAUUUUCGAAAUCAUAAAAAUGUUAGCAAAGCUUUUAAGAGCUUUAAAGCUAGUUUUUUAACAAAAAAUAUUAAAUGUCUCUUAAAAGCAAAAAAAA